AUGACAUUUCUAGUAGGUGAGCAAGUUCUUCUAAAUGUGUCACCCAUGAAGGGAAUGAUGAGAUUUAGUAAGAAGGGCAAGCUCAGUCCUCGCUAUAUUAGCCCAUUCGAGAUUUUUGACUGUGUAGGACCAGUGGCUUAUAGAGUGACUUUACCACCUAACCUGUCUGGAAUUCAUCCAGUGUUUCAUAUGUCCAUGCAGAAAAAGUAUCAUGAGAAUAGAGAUUAUAUCAUCAAGUGGGACUUAGUCUUGCUAGACAAAGAUCUUCAGUACGAGGAAGAGCCAGUGGCAAUUCUAGAUCAUGAUGUCAAGAAGCUGAGGACUAGAGAAAUCAAGUCCGUGAAAGUUUAG